AUGGCUCAGAUGACCGUGUCUGACGCAACAUACCAAGGCCACAUCGGUGCUGCCCUGGUUCUGGGUGGAAUGGACUGCAAUGGUCCCCACCUCUACAGCAUCUACCCCCACGGCUCCACCGACAAGCUGCCCUACGUCACCAUGGGAGAUGGGUGGUUGUCAUUGAUGAUCGUUGUUGAGGAUCAGCGAAGGCCUGAUCAGAGCCUGGAGGAGGAAGAUGCCAAGCGGCUGGUUCGGGAUGCCAUCGCGGCCGGCAUCUUCAACGACCUGGGCUCGGGCAGCAACAUUGACCUGUGUGUCAUCAUCAAGGGCAGGGUGGACUACCUGAGGCUCCAUGACAUGGCCAACAGGAAAGGGGUCAGAACCGGUAAUUACAAGUACAAGCGAGGAACAACCGGAGUCCCGACGAAGGCUGUCACCAAAUUGGAUCUGGAGGUGGUGGAGGAGACCAUACAGACUAUAUAUACCUCUUGAAGCAUCACUGUAACAUUCUGCUCAUUACUAUUGUCCCUCCCCAACUUCGCCCUUACUUCCUUCAGUGAAAAUGGCAUGUUUUUUCAUGGUUUAGAAUAAAACGUCUGAGUUCUUAA